GAAAAACGCUUUGUAUUAUAUUCAUUUAAAUAAAAUUAUUGCAUAUUAAUGACAUCAGUUUCAUCAAAGGAAGAGUUUUGUUUGACCAAAGCAUCCCAUAGAGAGGAGACAGACUGUAAUGUUACUUUUUUCUGUCAGAUAAGAAUGUGUGUGUAAUGACCAUUUUAACAGCUAGUGACAACAAUCUACUCUUAACUGAAACACAGACAGAGGAUGGUGUUAUAGAAGUAGUUCAUCGCCUAGAAGAAGCAGAGGAUAGUGACUUGAAGCGUUUAAAAGAGAUUGGCAAAGUUGAGCCACUGGUAAAAGUACAAGAAAAAGGCUUUACUCUCGAAAGUGUCAUAUCGCUUAAAUCAAGUGGAAAGCUCUUGACAAACAAGCAUAUUGGAAAAUAUUCUGCAGAUAACUUGGCCGAUACAUUAUUUGAUAUACAAGAUCAUAUUGCGUCUCAGAUGUCACGAGUUAAUUCAGAUCAAAGAUUACUAUUACAACGUAUCAAACAUGUUGAUGACCUCAGUUCUUCUAUGGCUCAGUCUUCUACACUUGCUUUAAAUCAGUCAAAGUUAAUACGUGAAAAAAUCCCGGAAGUGAAAGCAAUAAAGCAACAAGCUAAUCGCAUUAAUCAGCAGAUAAGCACUAUCUUUAGGUCAUUGUCCAGCAUUGAAAAAUAUCUGGAUACAGAAGACAGAAUCGCCAAUCUUGAACGAUGGCCAUUAUUGGGGGAACUUUAUCUAAAUGCACUAAAAAAGACAAGUCCAUCCAUUGAAAGGCUGAUAAAAUCAAACGCAAGCGAGCCAUCUACUACGGCUGAAUCUAUUUUACAGGAAGAGAUUAUAGCCACAGGUCAAUCUGUUGUUGAGAAAGAUGAAGAGGCUAUCAAUAGGAUUGCAAAUACAACACAAGCAACGGGGUCAUCGUUUACACCGUCAUUGGCUUUAAGUCGAUUAAGAGGAUUAUCUUCGAUGUCAAUUAAUAAAUACGCUCAGUAAUAAAACACUUGAAUAACAUGUAUACCAGUCAUAAGUUAAAGUGGCCUUUAACGCUCACUACUGACGUAGAUUUCAUCUUUACCUAUUGAUUUAUUAUCAAAAGGCCUG